AUGGCCAGGAUUAACACCCAGUAUUCCUACCCCAACUUGCCCCACCCUGCAGUGAGGACCACAGACAGAGAUCUUGACCACCUUGAAAAUGGCCUCAGCAGGACCCACUUGCCAUGCGAGGAGACAUCAUCAGGACUGCAGCAAGGGAUCGCCAUGGAGACCAGAACACGGUCUGAAUCCAGGCAAGGCUCCUUCACCAGCCAAGAGCCUGCCAGGUUGUGGCGCCUCGUUGCCUCCCUGCGCAUGUGGGCUUCCAGGCACUUAGACCACCAGGACCAGAGACCUGAUUCCUUCCUGGAACGUUUUCGUGGAGCAGAGCUCAAGGAGGUAUCCAGCCAAGAAAGCAAUGCCCAGGCCAAUGUGGGUGCCCAGGAGCCAUCGGACAGAGAGAGAAGUGACAAGGAAAGAAAGAAUGAGAAAGAGAAACAGGAAGAAGAGAGAAAGGAAAACUGCCUAAGACGAGAGGAAAAGAAGGACACCAUUGUGGUGGACCCCUCUACCAACGUGUACUACCGCUGGCUGACCGUCAUUGCCGUGCCUGUCUUCUACAACUGGUGUCUGCUGGUGUGCAGGGCCUGUUUUGACGAGCUGCAGUCUGAGUACCUGAUGCUGUGGCUGGUCCUGGACUACUCGGCAGACAUCCUCUAUGGCUUGGAUGUGCUGGUGCGAGCCCGGACAGGCUUCCUCGAGCAAGGCUUGAUGGUCAGGGAUACCAGGAGGCUGUGGCAGCAUUACACAAAAACCUUGCACUUCAAGCUGGAUGUGUUGUCCCUGGUCCCCACAGAUCUGGCUUAUUUUAAGCUGGGCAUAAACUACCCAGAAGUGAGGUUCAACCGCCUACUGAAGUUUGCCCGGCUCUUUGAAUUCUUUGACCGCACAGAGACGAGGACCAACUACCCAAAUGUGUUUAGGAUUGGGAACUUGGUUUUGUACAUCCUCAUCAUCAUCCACUGGAAUGCCUGCAUCUACUUUGCCAUUUCCAAGUUCAUUGGCUUCGGGACAGAUUCCUGGGUCUACCCAAACAUCUCAAACCCAGAGUAUGGGCGUCUCUCCAGGAAAUACAUUUACAGUCUCUACUGGUCCACCUUGACCCUGACCACCAUUGGUGAGACCCCACCCCCUGUGAAAGAUGAGGAGUAUCUCUUUGUAGUCAUAGACUUUCUGGUGGGUGUCCUGAUUUUUGCCACCAUUGUAGGCAAUGUGGGUUCCAUGAUCUCAAACAUGAAUGCCUCAAGGACUGAGUUCCAGGCCAAGAUUGACUCUAUCAAACAGUACAUGCAGUUCCGCAAGGUGACCAAGGACUUGGAGACACGGGUCAUCCGGUGGUUUGACUACCUGUGGGCCAAUCAGAAGACAGUGGAUGAGAAAGAGGUGCUCAAGAGCCUCCCAGACAAGCUGAAGGCUGAGAUCGCCAUCAACGUGCAUCUGGACACACUGAAGAAGGUCCGCAUCUUCCAGGACUGUGAGGCGGGGCUCCUGGUGGAGCUUGUGCUGAAGCUGCGGCCUGCAGUGUUCAGCCCAGGGGACUACAUCUGCAAGAAGGGGGACAUUGGGAGGGAGAUGUAUAUCAUCAAGGAGGGCAAGCUGGCUGUGGUGGCUGAUGAUGGGAUCACCCAGUUUGUGGUCCUCAGUGAUGGGAGUUACUUUGGGGAGAUUAGCAUCUUAAACAUCAAGGGGAGCAAGUCUGGAAACCGCAGGACGGCCAACAUACGGAGCAUUGGAUACUCAGACCUGUUCUGCCUUUCUAAGGAUGACCUGAUGGAGGCACUCACUGAAUACCCUGAUGCCAAGAAGGCCCUGGAGGAGAAAGGACGGCAGAUCCUGAUGAAGGACAACCUGAUUGAUGAGGACCUGGCCAAGGCUGGGGCAGACCCCAAGGACAUCGAGGAGAAGGUGGAACACCUGGAGUCCUCCCUGGACACCCUACAGACCAGGUUUGCACGGCUCCUUGCUGAGUACAAUGCCAGUCAGAUGAGAGUGAAGCAGCGUCUCACCCAACUAGAAAGCCAGAUGAAGUCCUGUGGGAGCAGCCCUCUGCUUGAUGGGGACGCUCUAGGACCAGAAACCAAACAACAAUGA